AGAAGGCCGUUGAUGAAUGCCCAAUAAUCUUUUUUGCUUCUUUAUUGCACAGCUAAGGCCAUGUUUCAUGUUUCUAUGGUGACAGACAUUUUAAACAGUUUGAACAAUAGGGUUCGAGUGGCUCCAUAGCCUGUUUUCACAGUCUGGUUUAGGCAGCAGAAGCAACUGCAAGACUGAUAAGGAUUUAUUAAUGUUCCUGAAACUAUGGCAUCAAGUUCUAAAACAACUGAUUCCUCACACAGCAACACCCUUCAAAGACAAGUGGACUUUGAAGGAAUGCUUUCUGAAGGCUUGGUAAAGAUUCAACAUGGACUAUUAAGAUCAAAUGCAAGGAGUCAAAAGUUUCCUUGUGAAGACUCAAGGUAUGAUACUAAUAGUAAUUUUUCUGCUAAGUACACAAAAGAAUCUUGGGCUUUUCUCAAAAACCACAGGAAUAUGUAUGAAGGUUUGGAUAAGCAGACAAUGGAAUUCAUGCAAGAUAUUUUAUCCAGAAGAGAACUGAGAGAAGAUGAUAUUGGGAUCUGUACCUUGGGGCUUAAGGCCCUGACAGCAAUGUCACCACAUGCAAAUACUGAUGAUAUAGACCUAGAAAACCUUCAGGUGGACCUUAAUGCCAGAAGAAACUCCCAUCCACCAAAGAGUUGCUCUGUUCAUUCAGAUGUAAAAACUGCAGUGUCAGUUUCUUCAAGUGAAAAGGGAUACAACGUAAAAGGGACGCAGCCUGAAUUUAUUGGAGUUUUGAAAGAAAAGCUGCAACAAAAAGAUACGGAAAAUCAACAGAUUAUUCGAUUACUCCUGCUAAAACAGCAUGAACUGAUAGAAAUUUCAAAGCUAAGGAAAGUGGAGGCCCAGCUCAUGACUGAAAGGCUGAAAUGUGAAGAACAGAGGAGUUUUGAGAUUACCAAGAAAUUUAACCACAUCUCUGAGGACAUGAGAGAGCAACUUUCCAUGGCCAAGAGCAAAAAUGAACACUUUGUCAGGCAGCUCAGGGCAAUUCUUGAGAAAUAUGAGCGGCUUAAAAGACGUUCUGACAGCAUUAAGAAACAUCUCACAGAGGAACGUACAGAGAGAAAGAGUUGUCUAAAAGCAUUAAAGAAGACACAACAGAUGACUGAAGAGUUAUUAAUGAAUCAGGCUCUUCUGGAGGAACAGAGGGACGCUGCAAAACAAGAGUACUCUGAAUUCAGGAAGAACAUGAAGGCAAUGGAGGAGCAACACAAUAAACUUGUUAGGACUAUACAAAGACUUGAAGAUGAGAGAUCAUCCAUGAGAGCUGAUUAUGAGAACCUUAAAGAUCAGUUAAGUAAUACUGAGCGAGAGAACCAGAAGCUCACUGGAGCACUUCAAUCUAAAGAGCUAGAAAAGAAACAAGCUGAAAAAAGUGUAGAGGAAUCUCAAAAGCUGGUUAAACAAAUGUAUGAAGAACUUGAUGACUGUAAAAUGCAAAGAGAAACUGCUGAGAAACAACUGGACACAAUGAAAAAAGAAUUAAAACUAAUGCAUGACAGGUAUAAAGUGAAGACAGUUCAGCUACAGGAACAACACAAGUCCUGUAUGGAACAGUUAGAAGCUAAGAGAACAGAGUGUGAGGCUUUAAGUGAAGUUGUCUCUAACUUGAAAAAAGACAAGCAUGUGAUUCAAGAGGAGCUGCAAUGCCUGCAAAAAGAAAAGGCAAAGUCUGAGAUUGAGAGCCAAAGGGAGGGGGAGAGAAUGAGAGAGGCUGUGAGUCUGCUGGAGCAUGAGAGAAAGCUGCUUCUGGAUGAAAUGGGAGACUUGAGAAGGGAUUACUUUAAUCUCAGUGAUCGCAUCACACAGAGACUUGAACAACUGGAACAGACAGAUGUACCCAUGUGCAUCACAGACAUAUCGUCCAAUCAUCAAAUCAGAACAUCCAAGACAAAUAACACUGUUGGCCAAAUCACAUCAAAUAUGGACAUGAUAGAGCAUAUAAGGAGGAAACUGGAGGAACAAGAAAACAUCCAGCAGAAAUAACAUGCUUCCAAAGCAGAUGUUCCAGAGCACUACAAAUUGGACAAUAUUUUUUUUGUCACAUUCAAUCUUUAUAUUGCAUUCAGAGAUUACAUUUUUUUUUGAGCAAUAUCAAUUUAGCACUGUUUUACCAUUCUUGUUACUUUUGAGAAUGAAGGAACAAUUGUGAAACACCACCGAUGAAAAGGUCUUAAGGGUGUGCAAACGUUUGCCCUCAACUGUAAAUGCAGAUAAACAUUUGUAAACUUUUCCCAUGUGUUAAAAAAAAAUGCAGUGCGUCCGA